CUGCAGAGCCAUGAACUUGAAGUAGGUACGGUAGCUUCUGCAAGGGGCGCUCCUGUUGAGUGAGAAUCAGAUUGUCAACUUGCCAGCAGCGGCGGAGCUUUGUGUGCAUUACAGGCUACAGCGGCUACAACAGGUUGUCCUCCAACCUGUCUCAUUUACGGACGGUGGGAAGCAAUCACGAUGGCGGCGCCUCCGAUAACGCCUUGGUGGGAACGAACGCUUGCCAAUGAUGGCCAAUGUUCGUACAGCCGGUCAGAAAGUUACAGCUGCAAAACCACGUUUGAUGCGGAGGCGGGGGACAAGCCCGUAAGACGGUGCGAGCGCAUCAGGACUCUACUGCGGCAUUGCCCUGGAAAGCCCACAGAAGUUGUCGAGUCCACGUCAGAAGUCACUGAAGAAGAAGAGACGUCUCCCCAACGCCUUCCCGGCCUGCCAUCACUCCCGUCACUGCCCUCGCUGCCCUCUUUUCUCCCCCGAGCGCCUGAAGGGCCCUCCGGGGAAGAGCGGGUGGACUCGUUCUUCAAAGACAUUUUUAAAGCGACUGAAGAAAUGCUUGGCCAGUUCGAAACGAAACUGGAGGAGAGUGCGAGCAAAGCGCUGAAGGGGUUCUUCCCGCCAGAGGGAGGGGCUGCCAGGGCAAAUGGAGCCGGGGGCGAUGCGGAGCGGCUGAGGGGGUGGAAAAAGUUCCUGGGGCUCGAAACGGAUGGUGUCGAAAAGAAGGAGAGCCCAGGAGUGGGGCCUCGCAGAAGCGGGGACGCUGUGCAAAAGAAUGUAGAUCAGUAUAAGAGCUUCGAGCAGAAGUUCGAGGAGGUGUAGGCGAAACACAGUCGGACGAAUUAGCUGGCGUCAUGAUGAUUCUCUGCAUGCGAAGUCUUGUACAUAAACGUGAUUGACUCGGUCUGGCACGUCGGAGCGAUUCAUUAUAAGGCAAAAACUGUUGACUUAUGCGGCCGCCAUGCAGUAGUGUAAAACACAUAAUUGUCUAGGCCGGGUCGAGCAUAUAUUGCGCGGUGUGUCGGAU